GGUGCCGUCGGUGCCGCCGCGGCCGCCGAUAUGGCGCGCACGGCCCCUGUGGAGCCCCCGCUGCGGCAUCCCGCGCCCCCAUCACCGGCCGCGGGCGAGCCCCGCACCUCGGUUGAGGCGGCGGUGGCCCCGCGGAGGGUGCUGUUCGCCGACGAGGCCCUGGGGCUGCCGCUGGCGCAGCUGCGCCGCUACCGGCCAUGGGGCGGGCCCGGGGCGGGCAAGAUGGCGGCAGCGGCCGGGCAAGAUGGCGGCGGCGGCGGGGCUGAUGAGGACGACGAUGGCGAGGAUGGGGAUGAAGGGGAGGAGGAAGACGAGGUUAUUCCCGAGCCCUCGCCGCUGUGCCCCGUCCCUGCUGGCGGGGGUUUUUAUCUGGUGCCCACAUUUUCGCUGCCGCCUGCGCCAGGCCGUCUGGAGCGCUUGGGGCGCGUCAUGGUGGAGCUGGAGGCGUUGCUGCCGCCUCCCGGAGCGGUUCCCGGGGUUGCCGGGGUGUGGGUGCCUGGGGGACGCCCGCCGGUGCUGCGCGGGUUGGUACGCGUGCUGAACCGCUCCUUCGAGAAAGCGGUGCACGUGCGGGCCUCACACGACGGCUGGGCUUCCUUCUGCGACCACCCAGCGCGCUACGUCCCGCGCAGCCCGCCUGGUGCAGGAGCAGGAGGAACAGGAGCAGGAGAUCCCAUCCUGGAUCCAGGUCUCGGCCUGGGCCCUGGCCAGGCAUCUGCCUCCUCACCCGACGACGGCGGCCGCACCGACCGCUUUGCCUUCCAGCUGCCCUUUGCUGAGGGCGCGGGUGAUGGGGCACGCCUCGACUUCGUGGUGCGCUAUGAGACCCCCGAGGGCACUUUCUGGGCCAACAACCACGGCCGCAACUACACAGUCCUGCUCCGGAUCGCACCCGCUCCCACACCCAGUGAUGUCGAAGGGUUGCUCCAGCAGCAGCAGCUGGAGCCACAGCCUGAGUGCCAGGGUCCGGUGGAGGCUGAGGCCAGGCAGCUGAAGAGCUGCAUGAAGCCAGUGAGGCGCAGGCCUCAUGAAGAGGAGCUGAGGAUGAAGAACACGGAUGAUAAUACCCCUGCCAUGGCAGAACAUCUUGAUGUCCAGGAGUCACUGGGCUCCUUGGUGGCCCCUACCCCUCUCCGUCCAUGGCCCCAGAUGACCCUUCAGGUUUCUGAAGCUACUGCAACUGGAAAACCCCCAGAAGAAGGUGACAUCCCCAGAAGCAGUCCACCUGUGGCUUUUACAGAAGUCCCCCAGGCACCAGCCAUCAGGAUUCCCCCCUCCACCCCUCUCUGUGGUCUGGGUGGCUUCCCCAGGGACCAGGCCUCAGGGCCCGAUGCAAGUGAGGGGGCCACGGGGCCCUUCCUGGAACCCAGCCAGCAACAAGUUGAGACCACGUGGGAAGUAUUGAGUGAGAGUGGAGGGAGUCGAAAGGACCCCAUGGUGGGGGCUAUUAUGGAUGAGCCUUCUGGGGGUCUGGAGGUCGUGAGUGGGUUGGAGGAGCUGCUUGGCGAAGACACCAUUGACCAGGAGCUGGAGCAGCUCUACUUAUCCCACCUGAGCCGCUUGCGGGCUGCUGUGGCUGCAGGUGGGGCAGGGGGUGGUGGGGAGGGCCCCACAGAUGGAGGGAUGUCCCCCAGCCAUCCCCUGGGCGUACUCACGGAUCGUGACCUGAUCUUGAAGUGGCCUGGCCCUGAGAGGGCCCUGAACAGUGCCCUGGCUGAGGAGAUCACUCUGCACUAUGCGCGCCUGGGGCGUGGUGUGGAGCUCAUCAAGGACACCGAGGACCCUGAUGAUGACGGGGAGGGUGAAGAGGGGCUCUCCAUCACUCCCUCCAGCCCUGAAGGAGACAGCCCCAAAGAAUCGCCUCCGGAAAUCCUCUCUGGGGCCCACUCUAUGGUAGCCACUAUGGGAGAUGUGUGGCUCCCAUGGGCAGAAGGCUCAGGAUGUGACAGCCCUGUGGUUCUGAGUACAGAGGGCCAAUUUACUGGGGAUCCAGAGAAAGGGGUGGGUAAGAACACCACCUCUUUGCACAUGAAUAGAAUCAUAGCUGGGGUGACGAGGUCCCCAGGGGAAGCCGGGACAGAAGCCAGGAUGGAGGUCACUGGUGAGUUGGCAGACAGCUUGGUUUCUUUAUCUGGCAAAGAACCAGCUGCUCCAGUCCUUCUGCAGGAGCAGAAUCCCACCCUCCUUGGUCCUGUGGAGGCUGAGGUCUGUAUUUCUAGUGUGGCCAGACCUCAUGUGAUCUCCCAGGAUGAAAAGGGUGCAGACCCAAACCUUGAGCCCUCAAAGAAGUCUCCCACCCUAGCAGCCCCUGCAGAAUGUGUAUGUGGCUUACCUCCUCAGCUCCGGGGGCCCUUGACCCAGACUCUGGGAGUCCUGGCUGGGCUGGUGGUCGUCCCUGUGGCUUUGAACAGUGGUGUGUCCCUCCUGGUGCUUGCGCUGUGCCUCUCUCUGGCCUGGUUCUCGUAGGGGAUGCUUGUGGGAUCAGCAAUAACAGGCUUCCCCCUCUCUAGGGUCUGGGGAGGGGCAGUCCCUCUACCACCCCACAGGGUUGAUAUGAGAUUUGUGGCCUGUGCAGUGAGGGACCUUGGUCCUUUGCUUCUGAGAAUGCUCGAUUGGAGAGAGCCUUCCUUGUUCUGGAGCUGUCUAGUCAGCUCGGGACUCCCUGCAGUGAUACCCAUGGAGAGGAAGGGAUAGUGGAUGAUGUGAGAAAAAAGGACUUUUAGAAUGAAACCAGGCAUGUCCUCCCCCACCCCACCCCGAGCCUGUAUUUAUUUUUGUAUAAUUCUCUGGACGAGGGAGAGUGGUCGUGAGCUGGUCUUGGGGCACAAUUACCCAGAGAGAUAUUUAUUAACAGCCAACCUGUGCAACCUGCUGGAGCUUUAUUUUUAAUUUAAUUUAUAUAGAGUACCUAUUAUUAUAUGCCACAAUAGAGCUCUAUGAGAAACCAUGUGUCUUGCUGUGCAAUGGUCUCCUGUUUGGGUCCGAGUGUACAGGGUGGUCACAUUCUGGAGGAAGAUUAUGGUGGGGAAUGGGUGGUGGAUGUGAUCCUGCCUGCUGCUACCACUUCAAUAUAUCCCUGGGUAUCUGUGUUUCCUCAUGUCAUGGUUCUAAUACGUGUAGUCCUUUGGUCUUUCCACAUUCUGCCUGUGGGAAACUGCCUGUGUAUAUAAGGUUGGUGGUGGGAUCCAGAGAGGAAGAGUUGUGGCCACAUCAGGGUUUGGUGUCAGUUACAUGGCUGCAGUGUUGACUGUAGUCAUUUUUGGUUAUGGGGAUAUGAGCUGUGAAUCAGUCAAAAGGUUUUGAGGUUACUGAAAAAACAGCCCUAGACCCAGCAGGAAGACCCCUCCAACCUCCAAACAGGGGAGGCCUCAGAAAGGAGAGAGGAAUUAAUGUACUGUGAAAAAUUCUUACCAGAAUUGCUGUUCACAGACAUCACAUUUCUACUAAAAACAGGAAACCCAGAAGCUUUGAAAGAAAGGGUACAUAUAUCUGUUGCAUGCAAAUAAAAACUCUUUGCAUAGCAAAACAAAACCCCAUAUAUGUAUUUACUUUACAGCAAAACUUUUCAUAUAUUUAUAGCAGCUUUUUUUAGUUCUUCAUUGCUCCAAUGCCUUUCUGAAAUUACCCCAGUUUUUUUUUUUUGCCCAACCACUUCAUCAAAAUGGCUGAAGUUACUGAUGAUGUUCACAUUGACCAAACUACAGUUAAGUCUCAGACCUCAUCUUAUAUAGCCUCUUAGCAGCAUUUGACACACUUAGUUAUCUCUAUUUUCAGCCCUUUCUUCACAUGGUUUCCAGGAUGCCACAUGCUCCUAGCUUUCCUCUUUCACUGGCUACUUUUGUAAAACAGUUCCCCUGGCACUUAGUAACUGUUCAACAUGUACCCAUUGAAUGAAAUACAUGAAGGAACAAACAAAUGUACAUGAGGAUAUACAGAGAAACAUGGCCAGAAAGCUUAGUUGGCCACUCAGUGGUUACAAGCUCAGUUCAACUCCACAAGUAUUGACUGGCCACCUCUUCUCUGUUCUGUGGACACACAGAAAGGAGCUCACAGUCCAGUGGGGGUGACAGAGAAAGAAUUUCAGUGCAGUAUGGCUAGUGCAUCAACAAUGAUAGGUCCAAGGGGCCGUUGGAGCCCAGGACAGAUGCUUGGCCCAGUUCAGGGAGUCUGGAAAUCUUGGAGGAUCUAGUGCCUGGACUGGGUUUUCAAAACCAGGAAAGAAUCCACGAGAUGAUGAAGGGGAGGAGAGGCAGACUCAUCAGAAGAAAUAGCACCUAAGAGUCUGGAAGAGGAAAACAGCUAGUGAACAAUUAAACACCCACACAUCUCAUCUGCUUUUCAAGGAGGAUAUUGUGACUGUCCAGUAUCAACACCUAGAUAUGUUUGUCUUUCCAUUGAUGUGGUAAUUAAUUUGAUGCCUAAAAAGGCAAC